CUAUUGUAAAACAAAAUGGUGGGAAGAGAUAUGAAAAGUAAUGAGCUAUAUGCAAGUGCAAGCAGUCUAGUGCUGUGAUAUGUGUUUUCGUUAUCAUUUAUUGCAUAAAGGACGUGUUUUCCGAAGUCUUUCUUCACACAUUCUUCUAAUAUAAAUAUAGGCAACAAUAGAUUUUUUUUUUGUCGAAAACGAUGCCCGUAAGAAGAUCAACUGAUCCUAAACCUCUGCAAUAUGUUUGGGACGCGAUACGUUCUGCAAACUCCCAAAAGCAGAUGGCCGAUUUUCAACGUAUCAUCAAAUACCUCCAACGUAAUGACUAUUGUACAACAGCUCAAGCUGAACUAUACUUAAAGCAAAGUCUCGAAGAUGGCCUCGUUCUCAACUUAAAUAAGACGACAGUUAAAGGUGCAAAAGUAGGUCUUCAAGUCGAAAGUUAUAAAAUACCAAAUUAUGAACUCCCGCUGUUAUUGGAUGACGGUAAAGAUUGGUACUGCAUAGACUGUCACUUAGCCGGCGACGUUAUCGAAUGUCGCGUAUGCUUCAGAGUUUAUCAUAUGGAAUGCGCUAACAAAAAGCAAAAUAUCUACAUCCGAAAUGGCACCGUCGGCAGUAAAGAGGUUUCAAUAGAUUUGAAGGGCAUUAAUGACGUUAUCGAUAUUACCAACGACAAUGAUGCCCCUGUAAACAAUAACAAACACAAUAAGGUUGAUAAACAAUCCGAUAAUGAAACAAGUGCAACUAAUUACAUUAGCUUAUUGAUGCGCGAGGAAAAUCAAACCGAAUACGAUUCGUCAUUAUGCAGCAUAUGCAAUAUGUGCAAAUUGGAACCGAGAUCUAAUAUUGAUAAGGAAGAACUGAAUUAUUUGUUAUCGUUUGUACAUACGCGGAUUAAAGCGUGGCUGCCCGCAUCCAUUACUGAUUCAAUGUCGAUGGAACCUAAGCCCGAAUGGAUGAAUGAUGUCGAAAUUAAUUGGAGAGUGAAGCAAUUAUUUCGAACUCCUAUGAAUAUGAUCGUUAUUGAAAAUAAGAUAAAACAGAAGCAAUACGAGUAUCUGGUUGCGUUCAAGGCGGAUGUUUUAACCAUACAGCAUAAUGUGGCGAUAUAUCACGGCAUUGAAUCUCAGGAAUACGGCGCUUCUGAAUAUAUGUUGGAGGAUUGUCGCCACGAUUUAGUGGAAUUAUCCAAUUGUCUCGAUUGUUACAAGCAUAGUAACGAGAAAAUUAACAAUAAAUGGUUUUGUUUACCAUGCAGAGUGCCUCAUAAGCUUGUCUGGGCUAAACAGAAAGGCUAUCCGUACUGGCCGGCAAAGGUAUUGAAGGAAACAGAAGAUACGUGUGAUGUUCGUUUUUUUGGUGGAAAAUAUGAAAGAUCCAUCUUGCAAAAAAUAUACAUUAAACCGAUAACGAUGAAAGUAAACGAUGUACAGGCGAAAAAGGGUUCCGCAUUUAAUAAGGCAGUUGGCGAAUUGCUCCUUCAUCAAAAGAUGCUAUCUAAUCCCAAUGAUUUAAGUUUGCUCACAAAAGUAGAUCGUAAGAAAAAGUCAUUAAAUUCAUCAGAAACGGCCCUACCCAUCGUUAAAGUAAUGCAACUUGAUACUGGCAAAAAGCAGAAUGUAACAAUAGACCUAUCGAAAAGCGAUGACAUUUUUGAACAGUCCGCUCAAGCCUGGAGGAUAGUUUCAUAUUACUGUUACUGUAAUCACCUCCAAAGACCUGCUGUUAAAGCAAAUAAGGUAAAUCACACACCUUCGAAUCAGAACAGAGCCAAGCGGACCCACAGCUCCAGAAGUCAGAGCAAAAGUUCAUCAAACUCCGCCACCAUUCCUCCUGAUAUGGAAGAACCAGAAAAAGUUGAUUCUGACGAAGAUUGCUUGUUAACCAAAGACAACAGUCACGAAGAAGUGACCAGCUCCACAGAACAAAUGGUGACAAAUGAGGAGAACUCUUCGAGGGAUAAUUCGGAUGGCCCGGUUAUGCCCGAACCUGACCGUCAGUAUAGCGAAUCUGUGGAGAAGACAAGACGAAAGUUGGAGCAAUGCCACUAUAAGAAGCAACUAAUAAAUAUAGCGCUCGAAUGCAUGCAGGCGGAAAUCGAUCGUAUUAAUAGUUCGCACGAUGAGUACGUCAAGAAAUUGUUCGAUGUCCAUAAUACGCAAGUAUCCGAAACGAAAAAGAAACAAUGGUGUUACAACUGUGAGCAAGAGGCAAUCUACCAUUGUUGUUGGAAUACAGCGUACUGUUCGCCAAUUUGUCAGCAGCAACAUUGGCAAACUGAACAUAAGAAAGUUUGUAGGCGCAAACGAUAAAUCGCUUUUCUAUAUCCCUUAAUUACUUAAGCAUUUAAAUUUUCCAGUGUUUUAGUUUUUAGGCGUAAGUUUCAUUAAUAGUGCUGGAAUAGUUUUUAUGUGAUUGGGGAUCUUUUGACAUGAGGUGUGGAAUCUACACCAAAAGACUUCUUGCAUAUCUCACUUUGAUUUUAACAUUUUUUCAGUUAUAUACUUUUAUUAUAUAAGGGGCAACUUUUUCCCUAUGCUUAGAGUUAAUUUUAAAUGUAGUUUUAUGUAGUACAAUCCUGUUGUCCAUUUUUUACGUAGAAUUAUGUAUGUGUGAUAAAUUUUGUUUAAAAUGAUGAUUAAACUUACAUAAUCACUCGUUUAUGUAAGUUCUAAAGA